AUGUUGAAUAAAGAACUUGAAUAUAAUAAGGGAUUGAGUAAAAUUGAAUGGGUCUACCUGAAACUUUGUGGAAAUAAUUAUAACGAAACUAAUUAUCGCCUUGUUGACACUGACAUCGCCCAUCUAUGCACUGCCCUUCGAGCUGUUCCAGCUAUCAAUAGUUUGGAUUUACGAUACAACCGUAUUUAUGAUGAUGGCGCUAGAAUAUUGGCAGAGUUUUUAAAAGAAGAUCUGUGCUUAAAGGAACUAAACUUAAAAGGAAAUUUUAUUUCAGACAAAGGAGCCAGUGAAAUUGGCGAGGCCCUAAGGCGCAAUCGUUCUCUUGAAAAAUUGGACAUUAGUGUAAAUCCAAUAAAAUGUACAGGAGGAAUUGCUCUAGCCGAAGGACUUGGCCAUAAUGACACACUAACUCACCUAGAUGUUGCAAAUUGUGAUUUGGAGGUUUCAGCGACAAUUGCUUUUGCGGUAGCACUUCGUUCAAACAAGUCCCUUCUCUACUUCAAUAUCGAUCGGUUAAUCAUAUUUUCAAAACAAGAGGAGCACACUGUUCAUCUGAGUGAAACUCUUGGUAAUUUGAGCACUAACACGACAAAUGGAAUAUCUGUUGAUGGAGGAAUAGCCAUAGCCAAGGCGCUCAGUAAUCAUUGUUCCUUAACAAUUCUCGACCUCUCCUACAAUCAAAUUAAAUGUGAAGGAGCCGUAGCAAUUGCAAAGGCGCUGGAACAGGCCAACCAACGUCUCAUAGUCCUUAAUUUAAGUUUCAAUAGAAUAAACGAAAGAGGUCUAUGUGCAUUGGGUGAAUCUUUAUAUACAAACGAUAGCAUUCGUUACAUCUACCUCUGGGGUAAUAAAAUCACUGGAAAAGCUGCAGAGAUAUGGGCGAAUUUGCUCCUUAUUAAAAGAUUAAGAGAGGACUCAACAGAUCUGAAGCCCUAUAUGGUGGAUGGACAGAUUCAAGUUGCCCUGCAAGAUCUAAGGAACGAGCAGAAAGGAUAUCGUUAUCCGAUUCCUUCCUGGUGUGGACAACCUAAUGAAGAACGAUCAUUAGCAGUAUUUUAA